AUGUCGACACCAGUAACAGGAAAAAGGAAGCGGACAAACAACGAAGGCACCAAUUUUCCAGAUGUCGAAACGGUUGAAACCACGACAGAGACCGGCCUCAGGCUUGUCCAGCAGCUCAAGCGCUCGCAAGAUAAGAACGGUCGCGACAUUGCGUUCCAUUUCCUGGAUCUACCCAGCAAGGAUGACUAUCCCGACUACUUCCAGCAGACCGCCAUGCCCCUCUCGUUGAACAUGAUUGAGCAGCAGUUAAAGGCUGGCUAUUAUGACACAAUGGAGAAGCUCGAAAGCGAUCUCAAAAGGCUGAUCCAGAACGCAAAGGACUACAACGAUAGCAAGUCAGAGGUCUACCUAGAUGCCGAACGGAUACGCAAGGCACUGUCGAACUUUAUGCCUAAGCACAACCCUGCGUACCUCAAUCCAGACUACAAAGCUACGCCGACACCCAUACCUCAAGCUUUAUUGGAUCGUCUGCGUGAAUCUUCCGUCUCGACCAACACGAGCGCGCUGCCGGUCAAGAUCAAGCUCAAAAACUCUCGCCACAGCAUAGCACCAUCUGCGACGCCAGAACCCGAAGAAGACCUUCAGGGUAGUUUCAUGGAAGUGCUGGAGGAACUGUCAGCCCAAGAAAGCGCCGUUAAUUUCGAGAAGAGACCGCCAAAGCGUGACUAUCCUGACUACUACAAGGUCAUCGAAAGACCUACAUCCAUUUCAGAUGUCAAGAUCAUGGUGCAGCAAAACAAGGUGACCGAUUGGAACGCACUUGCUCGAGAAGUGCGAUUGAUCUGGACAAACGCCAAGGAGUACAAUGAGCCUGGCUCUGCGAUAUACGAUAUGACCGAGGAAUUGGAGCAGUGGUUCGAGGAAAGGGUAAAAGCAGCUGGAGCAGACUCACCCAAGGCACCCCAGCGGCUGUCUCUGAGCCAGCCCAAAAAGUCGGGCUUGAAGCUGAAGCUUGGUGGAUCGACACCGACACCCAGUUUCAGCGGGGUAUCCGUUGACAGUAAUGCAUUACGAAGACAGCGAGAAGAGACUCAACAGGCGCUGCGAGCAAGUCGCGGCGAUUCCAAAAGUGUCAACACUCCGGCGCCAUCUACUGCUCCUAGUAUGACUCGGAGUCUAUCAUCUGUUGAGCCAAAUGGCGAUACCAUUAUGGCGGGCAUGAACGGAGUCGGCCCUGGCACACCAGUAGCUGUUCAUGAUGCGACUGGAGCCCAGAAGCAGUCAACGCCAGCUCUUAACAGCAUGGUGCCACCUCAAGUAAACGGCACCCGGCCAUCAGAAGCCCCCCGAAAUGUCUUCUCGGAGUCAGAUAAUCCGAUGGAGCGCAAGCAACGCGACCCAGGCCAAGGCUUGAAGGACGCACUCUUGGGAUCUGUCUCAUACAUGACCCAUCCAACCUUGCCUGGAGAUCCCAAGUGGAAACUCAAUGUAGAGGCCUCGCCGUCUCUGACUCAGGUCUCCUCGUUCACCUACCUUCCAGCCUCUCACUACUACUUCCGAGUCAUACCACAUCCUACGCCUGAGAUCAAAGCUCGGAGUAAUUGGAAAGUAUGCGUUUCGGCCAAUUGGCAACCAGUCCAGGAAAGUCCGCAUACUCCAGGUGCAUACGACUUUCGGUUGCAACCCGGAGAGAACACGAUUUUGGUGGACGCCAUCGCUUCUUUGAGGCAGGGAGAGAAGAAAGAGUACGCUCCUGCCCAGAUGCAGUUCGACUUUGAACGCAUCCAGUUGGUUGUAAUUCUGAUGGAUAGAGCGGAUUGA